CUCGCGGUCCGAUGAGGGGACUUGAGGUUUGAGACUUUAAGGAAAUUAGUAGUAGAAUUUCAAAGCAAAAGUAGCCCACGGAGGGACGCGAACAAGCGCGGGACGUUUACAGUUGAAAUGGUUCGCUCUGCUUUCGCGAGUCCUGCCUGAGGUCCAGCGCUGGUUGGGAUGUCAUGUCAGGAAGUUGCCAGAAGCCGGUGGUAGCGUGUUAGUGCGAACAUUUUCGCCGGCCUGGGCUGUUCCCUUUGUCUGACAGGAGAGGCAACGGCGUGCUCUUUUGUUUGGGGUCUUUCUUUGUUUAACGGCAAAAAGAGGACCGUGUCUAUUUUUGUGGAGGCUGUCCCGAGGUUGACUUGAUUUUGAAACAUGCAAUACAUGAAGAAAUAUUUCACAGAAGGUUUGAUUCAGUUUACGAUCCUACUUAGUUUGAUAGGAGUUCGCGUGGACGUCGAUUCCUACUUGAACGGAUACUUCUCGCCGUUGAUCAUAGAGACUGACGGAGGGCCGAGCUCAGCGUUCAUACAGACUCCGCUUCACCAUUACCGGGACACGGCGGACGGUUAUCAAGUGCACCCCAAAUGCCCUGAGUUCGACUACCACUUGGUGAGCCGAAGGCUGCUGAAUGAAGUCCGCGCUCUCGGCUCUCCGGCCCGCUUCCCCACUCGCCUCAGCGCGUGGCUGGUGCAUCUGGUACCCGGUGGCCAGGAGCGGGACGAACCACAAGAGAACAGCGGGAACCAGGACGCAGGAGAGCUCAACGGCCAAAACUCUUCUGGAAACGAAGCUGACGAUAAUAAUGCCGGGGCAUGCCAAGCAGAGGAGGAUGCUGUGAAAGAUGAGGAUGAAGAGCUCAGCCUUGAUCCACUGAGCCAGCUCACUCAUAGCCCGACGCUGGAGCAAGAGGGAUUGUUUAGUAGCAGUGUUCUGCCUCCUCCUCUAUCUGGGCUUGAGCUCCAUCCUCACUGGCAGGACCUCCUGUCAGAUUUUGAUGCUUUUGACUCGUUGGUCCCACAACACAUCUCCAAUCUGGAUGUGGAUCUCCCGAAUCCCAUUAGCUAUAAUGCCAGCCUUCAAGAUGCAAUGGUAACCAGUGGUGGAGAUUACAGACCAGACCCACAAAGAGGUGGAUUACAGGCCACGUCUCACCAAAGAGCAUCACUCUUCCGUCUAGAAUCAACUAACUCGUCUCACUCAGACACUCCACCAGGAGCAGCGGGUGCUCUGCCGCUCCCUCUGUUCUCCUUAUCAGGGAACAGCUCUCACAAUGAAACCUCCCACUCAAGGGUGGGGGGUUAUCUGGAUGAGGCUGUGUUUGAACAGAUAAAUCUGUUGGGUCUGGAAGGACUGGGCAGCAUGGACCCUCAGCUGCUAAACAGAAUGGAGGGCAGUAUCAAUUCUCCAUGGCUGGAGGACUUUGACUCAGACUCUGGUCUAUCCCUGGAGAGCAGUUCCAGAAGCCCAGCCUCUACGUCCGCCUCAUCGUCUUCAGAUUCGUUUUGCGAAGAUGAGGGUGGAGCCACGGGUUACAGUAGUGAAGUGGAGUCACUCUCUACUAAGGGAGGGGCCUGUGCGUCAGCAUGCUAUGACUGGACGCCAGUGGACCUCAGUGAGAACAUCUGGCAUGACCACACCUACUCACUCCAGAUGCCUGAAGACCACACCCCUCACAGCUGGGUCCCACCUCUCAAAGGUAUUAAACAAGAAGUGCUAAGCGAGGAUGAAUGUGAACCAGAGGAACUGAGUCGGGAUGGGCGGCGCCUUCAAGCUUUAGGUCUUCCAUUUUCCGCUCCUCAAAUUGUGAACAUGCCUGUGGAGGACUUCCUGGAGCUGCUGGAAGGACGAGGCCUAUCCAUGUCUGAGGUCACACUACUGCGGGACGUGCGCAGACGGGGGAAGAACAAGUUAGCUGCUCAGAACUGCCGGAAAAGAAAGUUGGACGCCAUCUUGGGUCUGCAGGGAGAGGUGGAGGCUCUGGCGGCUCGGCGAGAUGCCCUCCUACGUGAGAGGUCUCGGACUGCCAAGGCGCUUUCUGUUGCAGCAGAGAGUGUUGAAGCCCUUUCGCAGGACGUCCUGAGACAGCUGCGGGAUGAGUAUGGACAGCCCCUGAACCCAGAGCAGUAUACAAUUCACUGUGGCGCAAAUGGACGGAUAGCGGUCCGACCUCGCACACACACAACAAGAACAACCACUACAGGGGGCAAGACUGUGAAGAGGAAGAAGGACAAAAAACCCUAAGAGACUAGUUAUAUUUCUAGUGUGUAUGUGUGUGUACAGAAUGUGUGUGUGCUUCCUGAAGGGAUAUUUGGACUUUGUCUACUGAAUUUUCUUUCCUGCAGUUAGCUGUCAUGGGAUAUUUGUGGAUCAUUCCUGUUGUUCUUGGCUUCACAGGAGAAUAGAAAGACUGUUGGCAAUUUUAUAUUACAGCACCCUAGACUACAGUUCUCUGCUUGAAAGAAUGUAGCAAAAACACUGGACAUGUAUAGGAGCGUCUCUAAGAGUAUUUUUCAAAAAUGACUUGGGGAAGACAUUUAUCCUUUUAUUUUUUACUUUAGUUGUAAAAAGAAAUUAAUUAUUAAGGCCCAAUCCCAUUUCUCCC